CAAUGACUUCAGCAAUCUUGAACUGCACAAGAAGAAGAAGAAGAAAGUUUUAUAAACAAAUAUGCUAUUGAUAGACACUGCCCAUACAAACUGACUUACAGAAUUCAUAAAAUUUCAGAAGUCCAGACUACCUCCUAGUUGUUGGUUUUCUGAAACAUAAUGACCUCCAGAAGUGUUCAAGAACUCAGCAUGAGUGGCCAAGAAGUGCCUCAAAACUAUAUAUACAAGGACAGUGAUGGAGGAAGCUUUGAUGCUUCUCUGCUGCUCAUGGAGAUUCCAAUUGUUGAUAUGGCUCUUCUCACGUCUCCGUCAUCUAGCAAGCAAGAACUUGAAAAGCUUCGUUCAGAUCUGACUUCAUGGGGCUGUUUCCAGGCAAUUAAUCAUGGAAUUGAAACUGAAUUACUGGACGAAUUGCGAGAUGUCACCAGGCAAUUCUUUGCACUUCCAGAAGAAAAGAAGCAGAAAUACAGCAGAGAAGAUGGUAGCCUUGAGGGAUAUGGAAACGACAUGAUUUUGUUUGAGAAUCAAACACUUGAUUGGAUUGAUCGAUUAUAUCUUACUGUAAGUCCAGACGAUCAACGACAACUCAAAUACUGGCCUGAAACCCCUGAAACUUUUAGGGAAAUUCUACAUCAAUAUACGAAGAAGAUAGAAGUGAUGACUGAAGUCAUCCUUAAGGCCAUGGCGAGGUCAAUAAAUCUGGAUGAGAAUAGCUUUCUGGAUAUGCAUGGAGAAAAAGCCACACUUUUUGCUAGAUUCAACUUUUAUCCUCCAUGUCCAAGGCCUGAUGCCAUUCUCGGUCUGAAGCCCCAUGCAGAUGGAUCAGCUCUCACCGUUCUUCUUCAAGACAAACAAGUAGAAGGCCUCCAAUUCCUGAAGGACAAUCAGUGGUACAGAGUUCCAAUCAUUCCUGAGGCACUUGUUGUAAACAUUGGUGAUCAGAUAGAGAUAAUGAGCAAUGGAAUAUUUAAGAGCCCUACACACAGAGCGGUGACAAAUAGAGAAAGUGAAAGAAUUUCUGUGGUUUUGUUCUCUACGCCAAAUUCCGAUAGGGAGAUUGAGCCUCUGGAUGGAUUAGUGGAUGAGACAAGGCCAAGAUUAUACAAGAAGUUGAAAGAUUAUCCCAGCUUCUUUUUUCAAUAUUACCAACGAGGUGAGAGGCCAAUUGAAGCCGCAAAGGUUUAGAUUAUUUGAGUCCUGGCUGUUUUAUUUUUAGUUGUUUGUGAUAAAUAGUUCAUCUCAAUGUAUUAGAAAUGUGAAAUUUACUUAAACAACCGCUUUUAGAGUUGAAAUAAAAAUUUAGUCCGGGUUUA